GCCAAAAUAUGUAAAUAACAACGUUUCUAAUCAAAAAAUUAAAAUUUUGUAUUUACAAUCCAAACUAAAGCAUAUGUUUUAAUUUAUUUUGUUAUGUUCUUCUCAAUUAUUACGUUAUUCUUGUGUAAUGUAUGUACUAGAAUAAGCCAACUCUAUAUCAUCGAUAUGCCACCGAAUGAUGCCGAAAGUUAUUGAGUUGACGAUUGAAAUAGAUAUUCAAAAGGUAAAUUUAAUAUCUGUUUCUUGCCCCGGAGUAUGGUUGUGUCAAGAUGGCCGUGUUUCUCUUACAGUAUUUGCAUUGGGAACAAGUUAUCAAACUUGCCUUUUACCCCCAAUGUUUCCUCUUAUGUUCAGGGAUGUAUUUUACUUUCGCAAAAGAUUUCAAGAGAGUUGUGCUUUAAGUAAUAUUUGCUGUCUACUAAAGGAUGAAACAAUAUAUUGUGAAUUAGUACAGUGGUGUGAAGAUUGCUCAAGUGGCGAGUGCGUAAUCUUGGCCCAGUAUCUAGGCUCCUUAAAUGAUGUUCUAUUCCCACCAAAUGUGUGUUCUACAGAUGGAGUUGACCUGCUUAUGCGCAGGUCUAAGGAUUUUCCUGGAAUUCUUUCACCUAAAAUUGAGAUAGCUACAAAGGUGAGAAUAGAUGAAAUAUGGAGUCAAGGCUGCGGAAUGAACAACAAAGUGAAGGCUUGUCAUUGUGGUCCUACAGAUACAGAAGCAAGGCAGAAACAAGUCUGUCAUUCUGCACAAUAUCAUAGGACCAAAUGUAAUCAGGCUAGACGUAUGCCAUCAAGAUCUAGAUCGAGGUCUCGAACGCGCUCUGAGGGCUCUAGGUCCUGUUGUAGCCUUGUUGCGGAACCGGCUGCGCAUGCGUCGUGUCGGUGCCCCAAUCCCUUGACAAGCAAAUCCCGUAUCUCCGUUUGCCAAAAUAGGCGGCCUCGUCGUCAGUACAACGUGUAUAAUGUUGACACGAGCGAUGUUGUAUGGGGCGCGAAUAACUCACGGAAUACAGAUGUUUUACGCACAUCCAUGGAGUCUGACUUGGGAACUCUACCAAGGGAAGAUCGAAUCCAGAAAUUAUUACUAGAAUCUCAAUAUAUAGACUACGGCAAACUGUGCAAUUCAGAGAAAAAUAAAUAUAAUUAUAAAAUGUCGCCUUGCCUUUGCGAGAUUUGUAAACGAUAUCAUGAAUUGUUUCACACUGAAAUUUAAUUUAUACAAAUUUAUUUAUUUAUUCAAAAUUAUAGUAAUACCAAAUUUAAGUUAUAAAGACUGUUUUAAUCAUGUACAUAAUUUUUUAAUUUAUAUAUUUUUUGUUACAAAUAAAUA